UUUUUCCUAUGAAGUCUCGUAAGGGUUCUAAUACUACUGAGAACAGUUCAGAUGAUUUCGCACAGAGCACAGAAGGAGGCGUAGUCUUUAUAACUCGAGUUCCACCGCGAAUGAGUGUUGUAGAUGUACGGUCCAUAUUUUCCAAAAUAGGUUCUGUAGAUAGAAUAUGGCUGGAACCUGAAGAUGCCGAAAGUAGAAAGUGUCGAACCAAGGCAGGUGGAAGUCGCAGGAAGCGAUCGAAGUACGGUUGGAUAGAAUUCUUAGAUGAAGAAAAAGCAAAAUUGGCCGUAGACUUGCUUAAUAACCAGCCAAUAGGCUAUUCCCUUGGAAGUAGACGGAAGCCUUUUAGUGAAGACUUGUGGAGUCUUCGGUAUUUGAAAGGCUUCAAGUGGUACCAUUUGGUUGAAGAAAAAGCUUUAGAGUGGAAACAUAAAAAUAGACGUCUCAACCUGGAAUUGUCUCAGAUGGCUCGUGAACGUGACUUUUACCUUUCCCGGGUAGAGUGUGCAAACGUUGUAGCGAAAAUCAAGAAAAGGAAAGUCAAAAAGAGCCAGUUCAACGCAGACAUAUCCGUUUCAAAUGAGCAAAGUUCCUCUUUGAGUCUUUGCCCUUACGCAACCGCAUUGUCAGAAGAUAAUAGUACGAAAGCCUCAACGACUGUGAAAACUUCGCACUCCGAAGAGUCAGCAGUACAAUGUCACUCUAGCAAAAACUCGAAUAUCGAAGGAGUUAUGCAAAAAAUAUUUUGUCCCCAUAAUUAGCACAAUGCUAUCGUAUAGGUGUAGAAUUCAGUUACUCAUAACUUAUAUAAAGGCUGUCAAUACAUUUCUAUUUUGC